AGAGAACAUUCAUCGCCACCGAAAACACAUGCAAACAUCACCCAUCUCUAGUCCUCUCUUUUUGAUGUCUUGUGCAUUCGACAUCGUUUAGUUUUGCUGUAAAAAUAGCGCAGACAAACGGCCGCGUAGAAAGUCAACGAAGAUGUCGCGUUUCUUUGCCAACGGGUCCGACUCGGAGUCCGAGUCCAGCGAGGAGGAGAUCCAAGCGACUAACUUCAACAAAGCCAGCGCCUUCCAAUUCAGCGACGAUGAGGAGGAGGUCAAGCGCGUGGUGCGUUCCACGAAGGAGAAGCGCUACGAGAACCUAACCAGCAUCAUAAAAACCAUCCGCAACCAUAAAAAGAUUAAGGAUAUCCCCAAUACCCUGACCAGCUUCGAGGAUCUGACGAGAGCCUACCAGAAGGCACUACCGGUCAUUUCGAAGGAGGAGAACGGAAUUACCCCGCGAUUCUAUAUCCGCUGCCUCGCCGAACUGGAGGACUUUAUCAACGAAGUUUGGGAGGAUCGCGAGGGCAGGAAAAACCUGUCGAAGAACAAUUCCAAGUCGCUUGGCACUCUUCGCCAGAAGGUGCGCAAGUACAUCAAGGAUUUCGAGGACGAUUUGUCGCGUUUCCGUGAGGCCCCCGACCAAGAGAGCGAGGCUGAGGACGAGGUUGUAGCUGUAGACAGCGAUGGCGGCGAUGCUGGCGAUGACAGUGAUGCCGGAGCUAAGCGUGAGCCCACAGAAGCUGCUCCCAAGACGGCAAAAUCAGUGCCGGCUAAGGCUGCGCCUGCUGACGACGAUGAUUCCGAUGACUCCAUUGACUGGGAUUCAGACUCUGAGUCGGAGACUGAAUCCUCUGACGAUGAGAACCAGUACCAGAACAUGCGCGAGCGUUUCCUGAAACGCACCACUGAAAAAGAAGAUAAGGAUGACGAUAAGCGAAAGGACAAGCGCAAGGAGCAGAAGGUCAAGAUCCGCAAGCGUGCAGAGGACGAUGAGGAUGGCGAGUGGGAAACCGUUGUUAAGGGUCAUGUGGUGGAGAAACCCAAGAUGUUUGAAAAGGAUGCAGAGAUUGACGUUCCCUUGGUGUUGGCCAAAUUGUUGGAAAUCAUGUCGGCGCGCGGCAAGAAGCGCACAGAUCGCCGUCUUCAGAUCGAUCUUCUAUUCGAGCUGAGGGACAUUUCCGAUCAGCACAACCUUGGCACCGCUGUUUCCGUGAAGAUUCACUUCAACAUUAUCUCGGCCAUCUACGAUUACAACCAGAAAAUUUCGGAGCCAAUGAAGCUAGAGCACUGGGCCCUGCUUCUGGAGGUGAUGCAGAGCAUGCUGAAACUCCUGCUGGCUAAUCCCGACAUCAUUAUGAGUGAGAGUGUGGCUGAGGAGCAUGAGGAGUAUGUCGCUGCUCCGUUCUACGUCCGUGGAUGCCCUCUGGCUGCCGUGGAGCGCCUGGAUGAUGAGUUCGUCAAACUGCUAAAAGAGUGCGAUCCUCACUCCAACGACUACGUGUCCCGAUUGAAGGACGAGGUUAACGUGGUGAAGACCAUCGAGCUGGUGCUUCAAUAUUUCGAGCGCUCCGGCACCAACAACGAACGCUGUCGUAUCUAUCUGCGCAAGAUCGAGCAUCUGUACUAUAAGUUCGACCCGGAGGUGCUGAAAAAGAAGCGCGGUGAGGUGCCAGCCACGACCUCCACCUCCGUGGACGUUAUGGAUAAAUUGUGCAAGUUCAUCUACGCCAAGGACGAUACGGAUCGUAUCAGGACGCGUGCCAUCCUGGCGCACAUCUACCAUCAUGCCAUGCACGACAAUUGGUUCCAGGCCCGUGAUUUGGUCCUGAUGUCUCAUCUGCAGGACAACAUCGAUGCCGCCGAUCCCGCCACCCGCAUCCUGUACAACCGUAUGAUGGCCAACCUGGGUCUGUGUGCUUUCCGUCAGGAGAACGUCAAGGAUGCUCACCACUGUCUGGUGGAUCUUAUGGUCACCGGCAAGCCCAAGGAGCUCCUCGCUCAGGGGCUACUGCCCCAGCGCCAGCACGAGCGCUCCGCCGAACAGGAAAAAAUCGAGAAGCAGCGCCAGAUGCCAUUCCACAUGCACAUCAACCUUGAGUUGCUCGAGUGUGUCUACCUGGUAUCCGCAAUGCUUCUGGAAAUUCCCUACAUCGCCGCUCAUGAGUUCGAUGCCCGUCGCCGCAUGAUCAGUAAGACAUUCUACCAGCAACUGCGUUCCUCGGAGCGCCAAUCCCUGGUGGGUCCACCUGAGUCGAUGCGUGAGCACGUCGUGGCUGCGGCCAAGGCGAUGCGCUGCGGUAACUGGCAGGCGUGUGCCAACUUCAUCGUCAACAAGAAGAUGAACACGAAGGUAUGGGACCUGUUUUAUGAAUCAGAUCGUGUUCGCGAGAUGCUGACCAAGUUCAUCAAGGAGGAGUCACUGCGCACCUAUUUAUUCACCUACUCGAACGUCUAUACCUCGAUCAGCAUUCCCUCGCUGGCACAGAUGUACGAGCUUCCCGUGCCAAAGGUGCACUCAAUCAUUAGUAAGAUGAUCAUCAACGAGGAGCUUAUGGCCAGCCUAGACGAUCCUUCCGAAACUGUCGUCAUGCAUCGCUCUGAGCCUUCGCGCCUACAGGCCCUUGCCAUGCAGUUCGUGGACAAGGUUACCAACCUGGUUGACGUCAACGAAAAGGUAUUUGACAUGAAGCAGGGCAACUUCUUCCAGCGCGGCAAUAUGGGCAAUCGUGGAGAUCGUGGCUACAACCGCAACCAGAACAACCAGGGUGGAAACUGGGGAGGCCAGAGGCGAGAUAAUCGCAACAACCGCAACCGUAACCAGCGCGGACACCACAAGAACAACCAAGAUAGGCAACAGCAGCAACAGCAACAAGUCCAGACCAUUGACGAGGAGUAGACGUCACUACAUCCUCAGUUCAAUCCUCUCCAGGGAGCGUUAGCUUAAACACCAGCAAAGCAUAAACAGAACAAAUUUGUAUCACUUCGACUAUUAAAAAUGGAAUGGCCAUGGACAACUCGUUGGGUUAAGUGCUGUCAGGCCUCCGAUUCGGUUUCCAACUGGAUCGGAGGUCUGGUUCCAUCAUCCAUCGACAUUGCAUGUUGUUGUAGCCAAGUCCCAUAUAAAUUUGUUUUAGCGCUCAUUACGUUAAAUGCUAAUAUUGAUAACUACAUUUUGUAUGAACUCAAAACUAAAAAGAAAAAACCUUAAAAACAAGAGAAAGAAAA